UUUAACCUUAACACACAUCCACUGUGCACGCCAUGAUUUGAAGCUGCAAAAGGAAAAGGCUGGCGAAAGAAAGAGAGAGAGAGAGAGACUAAGCGAGAAGAGCUGAAGUGGGAGCUGCCUCAGAUUGUCCGAAGGGGCAGCAUUUCUCCAUCUAGUUCCGGUUGCUCUGUCUGCGUUGCAUGCCACUUGGAACUGCAACAAUAGGUUGCCACCAUUUAGAGAGGGGAAUAUUUUUAAACAGACUGACUCUUUUUUUUAAUGCUAGAUAAAAAUGAGCUCCUAUUUUGUUAACCCUCUUUUUUCAAAAUACAAAGGCAGCGAAACCCUAGAGCCAACUUACUACGACUGCAGGUUUCCACAGAGCGUUGCCCGAAGCCACACGCUUGUGUACGGACACGGAGCAGCUGCGCCUGGGUUUCAACACCCGUCGCAUCACGUACAGGACUUUUUUCAUCAUGGAACCACAGGUAUUUCCAACCCUGGCUAUCAACAGAACCCCUGUGCAUUGGCGUGUCACGGAGACGCUACGAAAUUUUAUGGAUAUGAAGCCCUUCCGAGGCAGUCGCUUUAUGGUACCCAACAAGAGGCGAGUUUAGCGCAAUAUCCAGACUGUAAAUCGUCCAACAGCACUAACCCUGGAGAAGGACAAGGCCACUUAAGUCAAAACUCUUCCCCGAGCCUCAUGUUCCCAUGGAUGCGGCCUCACGCUCCCGGGAGACGCAAUGGAAGGCAGACAUACAGCCGUUACCAGACUCUUGAGCUAGAGAAAGAGUUCCUCUUCAACCCAUACCUCACACGCAAGCGUCGUAUUGAAGUGUCACACGCGCUGAGUUUAACUGAACGGCAGGUGAAGAUUUGGUUUCAAAAUCGCCGAAUGAAGUGGAAAAAAGAAAAUAACAAAGACAAAUUUCCUGGUCAGAGAGGGGAGGCUGAAGCAGAGGCUGAUGAAGAGGGCAACGAGGACGGUGAGGUGGAAGAAGGAGAAGAUAAGGAAACGGAAGAGAAAGAGGAAAGCAAGGACUGAAUUUAUGGUCUUUUUAUGGUUAUAUGGCAGAUAUUGAAGAGGUCUCGCGAAUGGGCAAUGAAAGAGAAGACGCGCAAUUUUAUUACAACAGUUGGGUCAAACAGUGAGAAAAUCCCCCUCCAUACAAAAGUACCCUAAAACCAUGCCCAAAGAUAAAAGCGCUUUUUUCGAAACACACGAGGUCUUUUACCAUUAGCGAAAAGUGGAUCUGUGUAUUUGACAAAUUACUCAAAAGAACACAAUAACAAAUUUUUUAUUUAGAUAAAUGAAAGCAGCAUGAUAAGCAUAUCUUAGCGGCGUUAAACAUGUAUUUCAUACUUAAAGAUGCCUGGGGGAUGCUAAAUUUAAAUCUAUUGGUCUUGUAUAUAAAAUAGAAGCCACGACAUGCUGUUCUGUUUAACAAACUGAAAAAAACAAAACAUUGUUUUUGGUGUAAUUUUAUUUCAGAAAUCCAGAUAUGGCAAUAGUGCAUUUGUGCCACUGUGCUGAGUGAAGGGCGAAGGCAAAUGUAGAAGAUGCAUUCUGUAUUACACAUACUUUAUCGAUUACUUAAGUGUUCUUUAUUGUUACUAUGUGUGAGUGGGCGAGAUUACAGUUAGUAUUUUUCGGUUAUUUUAUUGGACUCACCAGAGAUCGUUUGAAAAUCUCGAGAGAAGCUACCUAAUCAUGGGGAAUUUGCAAUAUACAUUUCUACCUAGAGAUUUCAUAGACUCUUAUUUUGUAGCGUAUUAAACCUAAGUUAUGUAUUUUACCCUUUAAACACUUAUGAAUAUUGAGCUUGAUAAUGUCUUCGGAAGACACAGUUAGCUCAAAGCCAAUCUUAACAUUUUUAAGAGAUUGUACCACGGCACUACCUAAAAACAAAGCUUUGCUAGCGAAAAUGAACAACUUAUUUGUUCUACAUGCUAUGGCGAUGCUUUGUUAAAAAAAGUUAGACAUUUCCCCAACAACUUAAACUGCCUAUGGAAAAUGCACAUUCAUGUGCAGAUGAUCAAACACGCUGGUUACUACCCUUACCUUACCUAAGGAAAAAGAGUCAUUUAUCGUGCUGGUGUUAUAGAGUAGAUUUUGAAUUGCACUGAGUAUAACCUUCAUGUACGUCUUGUAAUAUCUUGCUGUUAUCAAUAUGCUCGUUUUACUGGUGUUCCUCGUGUGAAUAUAGACAAAUUCAUGUGUGUCUACGCCAUUGUUGCUGAAAUCAACAGAAGAAUAAACAAGAUGGCUCAUUCAUUUGUCUCGUUUUUGCCUGAAUCCACUUGUUGGUAUCAAAAAUAUUCGAAACUGCUUGUUUUCUCUGUCAGCCCUAAUGAAAGUUUAAAUAUUGACCCAAAGCAAUGCGACAUUGUAAAUGCAGGACUUAAUGUUUUUGAUUGUGUAGAACGUCACUAAAUCUGUGGCAAAACGCAACCAAAGCGCAUCUUUAUGAAUUUGUAUUUGUAAUUGAAAGUGAUGUGGGGCAUUAAUCUCUGCAAAGUCCGUUUAUGUUAUUGCAAGUUUUAAAGGUUUUUUGCCACAUCAUUAGAUGUAACUGCAGCAAAAGCUCUUUGUAAAAUUGGGAUUAGUUGUGUUAAAAAAUAGUCAAGGAUUGUCAUUAGAAGUGACGUGGAUUGAGUCUGUCUGAUAGGAUUUAUCGGUUAUUCCCAAUUAAA